AUAUGUUAAAGGUCACACUGAGCGCGUGUUUUUUUUUUGUGCAAAACGCUUCGAUUCUGGAAUUAUUUCUAGCAAAUCGACGAAAACAGCAUGUCCAAGCGUCGAAUCGAAGUAGGGGAAACCUAUGGCAGCAAGGCUAAGAAGGAGUCGGAGGCGUCCUCGUCAUCUGCCGCCGCCGGCACAGUGGCCCAGAUCCUAGGCGGAUUCGUGCCCAACAAGCAGCCGCCCACUAUGAAUCCACUGACUCAAAAGCCGUACUCGCAGCGCUAUCAGAAUCUCUACAAGAAGCGGAUCGCGCUGCCCGUAUUCGAGUACCAGGCUGAUUUUAUGAGGCUGCUUAGCCAGCACCAGUGCAUCGUGCUGGUGGGCGAGACAGGCUCCGGCAAAACGACCCAGAUACCGCAGUGGUGUGUGGACUUUGCGGUUUCCAAGGGCCGGAAAGGCGUCUCCUGCACGCAGCCGCGUCGAGUAGCCGCCAUGUCCGUGGCCCAGCGCGUCUCCGAGGAGAUGGACGUGAACCUGGGUGAGGAAGUGGGUUACUCCAUCCGUUUCGAGGACUGUUCCUCAGCAAAGACACUACUCAAAUACAUGACCGACGGUAUGUUGCUGCGCGAGGCCAUGUCCGAUCCCAUGCUGGAGCAGUACCAGGUCAUCCUGCUUGACGAGGCCCACGAGCGUACCCUGGCUACUGAUAUUUUAAUGGGCGUGCUAAAGGAGGUCAUUCGGCAGCGCAGCGACCUCAAGCUCGUCGUCAUGUCCGCCACCCUGGACGCCGGCAAGUUCCAGCAGUAUUUCGACAACGCUCCACUUAUGAACGUACCCGGUCGCACUCAUCCCGUGGAGAUCUUCUACACGCCAGAGCCUGAAAGGGAUUACCUGGAGGCCGCCAUUCGUACGGUCAUUCAGAUUCACAUGUGCGAAGAGAUUGAGGGUGACAUUCUCAUGUUCCUCACUGGUCAGGAGGAGAUCGAGGAGGCCUGCAAGCGCAUCAAGCGCGAAAUCGACAAUCUUGGCUCUGAAAUUGGCGAGCUUAAAUGCAUUCCCCUAUACUCGACGCUGCCUCCCAAUUUACAACAGCGAAUCUUCGAGGCGGCUCCACCGCCGAAUGCAAAUGGCGCUAUCGGUCGUAAGGUUGUUGUGUCCACCAAUAUUGCCGAGACUUCGCUGACCAUUGAUGGAGUGGUGUUCGUGAUUGAUCCAGGCUUCGCAAAGCAGAAAGUGUACAAUCCUCGCAUCCGAGUGGAGAGUCUGCUCGUCUCGCCCAUCUCGAAGGCUUCAGCUCAGCAGCGAGCUGGUCGUGCUGGCCGUACGCGUCCCGGGAAGUGCUUCCGUCUGUACACAGAGAAGGCUUUUAAAAACGAGAUGCAGGAUAACACCUAUCCCGAAAUUCUGCGCUCCAACUUGGGCACUGUUGUUCUGCAGCUCAAGAAGUUGGGCAUCGACGAUCUGGUUCACUUUGACUUCAUGGAUCCCCCUGCUCCAGAGACUCUUAUGCGUGCCCUUGAGCUUCUUAACUACUUGGCGGCCCUCGAUGAUGACGGCAAUCUAACUGACCUCGGCGCCGUCAUGUCCGAGUUCCCCUUGGAUCCCCAGUUGGCCAAGAUGCUGAUCGCUAGCUGCCAGCACAACUGCUCCAACGAGAUACUUUCCAUAACGGCCAUGCUGUCGGUGCCACAAUGCUUCGUGCGUCCAAACGAGGCCAAGAAAGCAGCUGACGAGGCUAAGAUGCGAUUCGCCCACAUUGACGGAGACCACCUGACCUUGCUAAACGUUUAUCACGCCUUCAAGCAAAGCAACGAGGAUCCCAACUGGUGCUACGAGAACUUCAUAAACUUUCGCUCGCUUAAAAGUGCGGACAAUGUGCGCCACCAACUCGCCAGAAUCAUGGACCGCUUCAGCCUGCGGCGUACGAGCACUGAGUUCACCUCAAAGGACUACUACGUAAACAUCCGCAAGGCCCUGGUCCAGGGCUUCUUUAUGCAGGUGGCCCAUCUGGAGCGCACUGGCCACUACCUGACCAUCAAGGACAACCAGAACGUGCAGCUGCAUCCGUCGACAUGCCUGGAUCACAAGCCUGACUGGGUCAUUUACAAUGAGUUCGUGCUGACCACAAAGAACUACAUCCGCACGGUGACGGAUGUUAAACCCGAAUGGUUGCUCAGCCUGGCGCCCCAAUAUUAUGACCUGAACAAUUUCCCGCAGUGUGAGGCGAAACGGCAGCUGGAGUUGCUGCAGCAGCGGAUGGAGACCAAGCAAUACCAGAAGGGUUUCUAAAUCACAAGGACAUGGCUAGGUGUAAACGCAUUGGGAGGGGAUCAUGGAUAUCAAUGUGUGAAUUUUAGAGAGUUCGGAGAUAACCUUUCUGAGAAAAAUGAGACGUUUUGCUUUUUAUCGUUUACUGAAUUAAAACAUAAGCACAUAGACACUUCAACAGAUCAGUAAUAUCCAAGAACUCCGUUUAGUGAAUAGUGUUAAUAAAAGAAGCCACUUUUUAUAUAUAUAA